GGGCUGACGUGUGCAUCAAGUUCAUCGAGCCUUAACCGAGGUGCCACCAUGGCCUCCCAGACGCACCCCCUGCAUUCCUCACCUCCCUGCCCUACCUCCAAUGGCGGCAUGGGGGCCAGAGGUGGACAGCCGGCUGGCAGCCCCAAGACAGGUGACACUCGCCUGAAGCCGCCGGUCGGGCCCAAACCCCGCACGCUGCCCAAGCCGGCUGUACCAGCCAAGCCCUGCACCCCACCGCCAUCCCCUGGGUCGCGGCCCCCCCGCCUUGAGUUCCCCUCUGCCGAGAAGAUCAACCUGCUGGCGGGUCCCAAGCCAUAUGGGGGCAGCAGCACCGCCCUUAAACGCCUGUCCUUCAGCCUCAAGAGCCCCCCGGCGGAGACCUCCACUGUGAAGGGGGCACCGCCACCCGCAGCCAGAGCCCUGCCCUGUACUACAGAAGAGAGAUCGCUGGCUCCUGUGACGCCUCCUGCUGGGGGGCCCCUAGGAGUUCUCAAGGGCGCUGCCCUGUUCAAAGUGAAGCCAGUGCCGGUGGUGGCCAAGCCGGAGCGCUUCCCUGGAACCACGGUGGAAGAGAUCUUGGCUAAGAUGGAGCACCCCCGCAAAGAGGGGCUGGGCAGUCCCGACCUGGCCUGGGGCUGGCGCUCAACCUUCAGCCCUGACAGCAGCUCCCGCUUUGGGCCCAAAAGCUAUGCUGCCUUCUGGAGACACCCUAGUGCCGAGGGAGGGGAAGGUGAUGCUGUCACCCCUGGCUUUGAGGCCUCCUGGGAAUCUGGGUCCCCGGAAGCUCAAGAGAGCAGAGCAUCCUGUGGGGACAAGCCGGUCGCUGGCAGGACGAAGAGAGAAGGAAGCCCAAGUCCCAUUGGAGAACGCCCGCCAGAGCCCCCAGACGGAGAAGCAGAGAGAGACCCUGGCACAGCCUCCAGGAACAGUGGCUCCUCCCCGGCCAGCACCAACUGCGACGGGGACCAGUCUGGACACAGGAAGUCGCCAUCCCCCCCUGGUUUCUCCUUGGCCUGGACCUGCCCCAUCCCUGUGGCUCCUGCUGAGCUCUCCCUCGGGGCAGCCCCUGGCACCUCUGCUGGCCUUGCCCAGGCCCCAGGAUCCCCCAUCCUUCCUGCUGAGCAUCCUGUCUCAGCCCCGGGGUCCCCCGCUGUGCCCGUUGAGCUCCCUGCACUUGGUUCCACCCCUAUCCACACUGAGCUCCCCUCCAAGGUCGGGCCCUGCUUCCCAGGCACCCCAGAGUCUCUGGCUAAGAUCCCCAUAGGACUACUCCCGGCCCCUGGUGCCCCAGAAGCUCCAGCUGAGCCCUGCUGCAGAAUCUCCCUCUCCCUGGGGUCUCUGGAGGUUCCUGGUGAGGGGUCCCCACCUCUGUCCAGCCUCCCUGAAGGCCUGGCACCAGGCACUCCGGAUGCCUCCACAGAGCUCCCUCAUAGCCUCACUGCAGUGCGGGCCCUGUCACCAGGCCCCCCUGAUGCCCCUGCCAGGCUCUCCCCUAGCCCCCUUGCAGAGCAGCCCCUGGCACCAGGCCCCACUGAUGCCCCUGCCAGGCUCCCCCACAGCCCCCCUGCAGGGCAGGCCAUGGCACCAGGCUCCCCUGAUACCCCUGCCAGGUUCCCCCACAGCCCAACUGAAGAGUGGGCCCUAGCACCAGGCGCCCAUGAUGCCCCCACAGAGCUCACCCACAGCCCCCCUGCAGGGCAGGCCCUUGCACCAGGCCCCCCCGAUGUCCUUGCUGAGCUGCCCCCCAGAAUCACUCACUCCCCAGGGGCCCCCAAAGUGCCUGUUCCAUCCCCAGAGACCCCCAAUCUAUGUCCUAAGCUCUCCACCAGAGUGUCUCAGUCUCCGGGGUCCCUUGAUGGAGCUGCUGAGUCCCUGGUGUCCCCAUGCAGCCCCCCAUCUCCUGAGCGGGGCUCCCCUUCACCCCUCAGCGAUGCGGAGCCAUGUGUGGGGCCUGCGCCAGCAGAUGAGAGCCUCCGGUGCCCACAGCUGGGGCUACGGCGCUCCUCAGACGGGGUGGUGCAGCUGCCAGACAAGGGGCUAGGAAUGGGAGUGCUGGGAGGCUCCCUGGCUGCCCUGCCUCGGGGAGGGCCCCCCCACUCCGGGCCACCCCUGGAGGGCGAGUCCAACUGGGCCCUGUCGCAGUCGUUCGAGUGGGCGUUCCCAUCCCGAACUGCAGAGUGGGAGCCCCCCAGGUCCCCCAUCAGAGAGGCGGAUGACUCUGGCCUCUCUGAGCAGGGAGACUCGGAUGGGGAGGGCCUGGCCUCCACCCCCAAAGGGUCUGAGGAAAGGAGCAGCUCAGAGAGGUUGGAUUGGCAGGAUGCCAAGGCUGCAGAGAGUUCUGCCCACCUAGAUGGUGCCACGGGGGCUCCAUGUGAUCAGGGAGCAACAGAGGUUGGAGGUCUGGAGGCCACAUGUCUUGGAGGCCCUGUAGCAGAAACGGAGCCGGCUGUGGCUGAGCUGAAGGGCCCUGCAGUGGUGGAUGAGGCGGGCACUAUCUGGGAGGAACAGGGCAGGCCACUGCUGGGUGCCCCCCUGCGGCUGACCGAGCCGAAGCCGGGCCAGGAAAGAGCCGCCCCCAUCUUGUUGUCUGAUGCUCCCCGGCCAGCUGGUGCCGACCAAUGCCAGGAGGACAACUUGGUGCUGGGCCUGGCGCCGGUGAGGAGCUGCCAGGAGGGCCCGAGGCCGGGCGAGGAGGGUUCUGAGCCGCAUCCCAAUGCGCGCUGGCUGGAUGAGCUGCUGGCAUCGCCCCCGCCCAGUGCUGAUGAGACCAAGAGAAAGGGCACGCCUGAGCCCAGGGACCCUGCAGGGCCAGAGGAUCUCCUUGGCUGGUCGCGAAAGGAUCUGUGCAGUGAGUUUGGCAUCAGAGGGGCCCACCGGGCCGGUGAGUUUGGCUGGGCCUCUGAGCCCAGCACGGGGAAGACCAACUGGCCCGGCAGUUACAGAGCCAGUGAGACGGAGCAGGAUCGGGAGUUUGGCACCGGCACACAGGACUGGAGCAGCACAUACAAAGAGACGGAGCUGCUGGGUGAUUCCAGUGUGGGCCACGGAAACUGGCCCGACGCCUACGGCAUUGGGGACAGCUGCCGGAAGGAAGGGGAGUUCAGCCCCGGCAAGCCAGACUGGAGCAGCCAAUACAACACUGGUGGUGCUGACAGCCAGGGUGGGGAGUUCAGUACCAGGAAACUGGACUGGACCAGCACCUACGGCAUUGGGGAUGGCGCCCAGCAGGACAACAGGUUCAGUACCAGCAAGCCGGACUGGACUCCUGAGUACAGUGUCGGAGAUACAGCCCGGCAGGAUAGAGACUUCGAUACCCUGAAGCCAGACUUGGCUUGUGAGCCUGGUGUCAGUGAUGCAGCCCUGCAGGAUAGAGAGUUCGGUACCGGCAAGCCAGACUGGACCCAUGAGCACAGUGUCAGUGAUACUGACCAACAAGAUAGAGAGUUCGGUACCGGCAAGCCAGACUGGACCCAUGAGCACAGUGUUGGUGAUACUGACCAACAAGAUAGAGAGUUCGGUACCGGCAAGCCAGACUGGACCCGCCAGCCUGGUGUCGGUGAUACAGCCUGGCAGGAUAGAGAGUUCAGCACCAGCGAGCCAGACUGGACCUAUCAUCGUGGUGGUGAUACAGACCAGGCAGAUAGAGAGUUCGGUACCAGCAGGCCAGACUGGAUCAACAUGUAUGGUGCUGAUACUGACCAACAGGAUAGAGAGUUGGGUACCAGGAAGCCAGGCUGGACCCUCAAGCAUGGUGUCGGAGAUACAGACCAAAAGGAUAGAGAGUUGGGUACCAGCAAGCUAGACUGGACCCGUGAGUACGGUAUCAGUGAUACGGACCAUCAGGGUAAGGAGUUUUGUGCUGGGAAGCCAGCCUGGACCCAGGACUGCAGUGUCAAGACCAAUGGACAGAGUAGAGAGUGGACCUGCGAAUAUGGUGUUGGCAAUACCACCCAGCAGGACAAGCCAGAUUGGACCUGCGAGUUCAGGGUUGGUGACGGUGCCCAGCAGGACAGAGCUUUCAGCCCUGACAAGCCAGCUUGGCUUGGUGAAUAUGGCAUUCACCAUACAGACCGGGAGAGUGCCUUUGGCUCUGGUGUUGGAGACUUUGACAGCACAGCCCAAGAGCCUGGUGCCAGGAAGCCUGGGUGGAGCGGCACCGACUGGCAGGAGAGCAAGUUCCCCUUCGCUAGGAGGGAUUGUGCCAGUGAUUUCAGGAUCAGAGGAGCUGAGCACGAAAGCCAAUUUGGCAUCAUUGGGACUGAGCGGGCGGGUGGCUUUGGCUUGAGUGCUUUGGAUCCAUCUGGUGCCGUUGGGACCCUGGGCCCAGCAGAGCUUGGAGAGAGACAGACUGACUGGGCUGGCUAUACCAGGACUGUGAACCUGGAUGAGCCGAGAGAGGCUGGUGUGGGGCAGUCUGACUGGACCCGAGAGCUAGGCCUCAGUGGCACAGACCCCUCUGUCAGCCUGGAAGCAAUCAGUCCUGAGGAGCCCAGUGGAGGAUGGAUGGACUGGACAAACGAACUGAGAGUGAGCAGCAUGGAUCUCUCCAGCAGUCGGGCGCUGAGGGACUCCGAUACAUCCAGAGAACCUGGCGUGGGGCAGCUGGAUGGAGCGAGUGACUUUGGCCCGGGAGGCCUGGCCACAGCCAGUGGCUUCGAGAGCGUGGGCCAGGCAGAGACCAGAGUAAGACAGACUGACUGGAGCCGUGAGCUUGGCUCUGGGGAUGAGGGCUCCACUGAGACCAGGGAGGCUGGAGCAGGGCAGAUGGUCUGGGCCAGCGAGGUCGGGAUCGUACAUGAGAAACAAACCUAUACCACAGCCAUGGCUGGCUUGGAGCUGCAUGGAGACAGCAGUGGCUCCGACAGCCCCCGGCUCUCCAGCCCGAGCUCCCUGCUGGAAGAGAUGUUGGCCAAGGCAGCAGCCCAGCGCAAGAGCACUGGAGAGGAGAGGGGGCCACCUCCUGCACCCAACGCCCACACCCCACCCUCGCCGCAGGAGGAGGAUGGUGGGUCCCGGCCCGAGGGGGAUGGUGCGCCCAGCCCAUCGGAUGCCAUGGAUGGGGGCUGGCUGCCGAAAGAAGCGAGGAGGCUGAGCCAGCCAGGGCGCCACGUGAGCGAGCCCUCCCCACCAGGCGAGGACUUCGCCUUCCUGGAGGACAUGGAAGUUCUUGACAGCGCCAUCUACCGGAGCAGAGCCAACCUGGGCCGCAAGCGAGGUCAUCGGGCGCCGGCCACGCGGCCCGCAGGCAGCCUGGGGCUGUCUGAGGUGGAGGCGGCCGACUGGAUGUUCCGGGACUCCACAGAGCCCAGAACAGUGCACUGGGCGUCCUCCGAUGAGGAGGUGGCGGAGGAGCCUCAGAGCAGGCGGGCACGGCCCUCGCCGGCGGCCAAAGGGAUGAAGGUGCCACUCUUCCCGGGGCUGAACCCCUCAGCUCUCAAGGCUAAGCUGCGGGGCCGGAACCGCUCUGCAGAAGAGGGGACCCAGCUGGGGGAGGCCAAGCCAACCACGUCCAAAGAGCCCCACGUCCAGCGCUCCAAGUCCUGCAAGAUCCCUGCCGUGGGGGGGAAACCCCUGGUGCUGCCCCCUAAGCCAGAGAAAUCCUCAGGGUCAGAUGCUGCCUCGCCCCACUGGCUGCAAGUGCUGAAGCUGAAAAAGAAGAAAUCCUGAUGGCCCCGUUCAGGCAUUUCUCUCCUGCUGCUGGGGCUGGGACAGCUGACUCUCCAAAGAGGCUCGUCGGGAUGGAAGGGACGGCGCAGUGAUUGGAGACCCCCCCUGCCUGCCCACCCACUAUGCACAGGGCAGUUUGGUGGUGGGACUGGGGUCAGGGGAGGCACAUCUAUGCACUUUGUAUCACGCUCGCUCCCCGAGCUGCAGGGUCCCUCUGUCCCUGCCCCCACGAGCUGGCUGCUUCCUUCGCUCUCUCCUUUAUACCAUGUACCUAGUCUAAAGCCUCUAUUAUUUUGUAAUCGGUGACAGGGCCUGGCCCUGACCCUUCCCCCUUCCCUACUGAGCUGGGGGCGGGGGGAGCCCUGGGGCCAGGGCGUUCGCUCGCUCUCUGCUGCUAUCCUACACUUUCCCGGCCAAGAGCAAUGGAUUAUUUUUUCUAUGCCACUUGAUGAGACAAUAAACAAUUUCAGGUAAUGGUGGGGG